AUGUCCGGGGCCUUCUUCUACGACGCAGCCAGCGACGACGAUCUCGAGUUUCUAAACCACGAAGAAGAGAGUAGUGAAGAAGACGUAGAACAAGUACAUAAAGGUCAAGAAGAAGCUGAUGAAGAGGAAGAUAGUAGCGAAGACGAGGAAGAAGAAGAUGAGAAGCCUACAAAGAAAGUAAGCAGUGACGCACAGUCUCCGUGGGACUUUGCAUCUUACUCAAGCUCCGUCGGUGAAGAACACGCUCGCCGUCACACAACCUCUAUCGAUGAAAAGAUCUCCAAAGCCAUCAAACAUCAUCCACUUCCCAUCUCCACAGAAGAAGAAGAAGAAGAUGUCUCUCAUGCCCAACACGACAAACAAGAGGAGUAUCUCUCGGAAGAGGACGAAGAUGCAGCAGAGUUAAAAGCAGAGGAUGCUGCUUCCAAGCCGUUUUUCUCUACUGUAGAUGGAGUUUCCUUCCAUGCUAAUUCCUUCAUGGAACUUAAUCUCUCUCGUCCGUUGCUUCGAGCUUGUGAAACUCUUGGAUACAAGAAACCUACACCGAUUCAGGCAGCGUGUAUACCUUUAGCACUUACAGGGCGUGAUCUUUGUGCCAGUGCCAUCACUGGAUCAGGGAAGACUGCUGCGUUCGCUUUACCUACUCUGGAGAGGUUACUGUUCCGUCCCAAGCGUGUCUUUGCUACUAGAGUUCUUAUUCUUACUCCAACCAGAGAGUUGGCUGUCCAGAUUCACAGUAUGAUUCAGAAGCUUGCACAGUUUACUGAUAUCAAAUGUGGAUUGAUUGUAGGAGGGCUUUCUGUAAGGGAGCAAGAGGUUGUUCUGAGGUCUAUGCCAGAUAUUGUUGUGGCGACUCCUGGACGUAUGAUAGAUCAUUUGCGUAACUCUAUGUCUGUGGAUUUGGAUGAUUUAGCGGUUUUAAUUCUCGAUGAAGCAGAUCGCCUUCUACAGACUGGGUUCGCCACUGAAAUUCAAGAGCUGGUUCGCUUAUGUCCGAAGAGAAGGCAAACAAUGCUCUUCUCAGCGACAAUGACUGAAGAAGUUAAAGAGCUUGUCAAACUCUCAUUGAACAAACCUUUACGUCUCUCAGCGGAUCCAUCUGCUAGAAGGCCUCCAGGCCUGACUGAAGAGGUGGUGAGAAUACGCAGGACGCGUGAGGCAAAUCAGGAAGCUGUUCUUCUUUCUUUAUGCACAAGAACUUUUAAAUCAAAAGUCAUUAUCUUCAGUGGAACAAAACAGGCUGCACAUAGACUGAAAAUUCUAUUCGCACUCACUGGCCUCAAAGCAGCUGAGCUUCAUGGAAACCUAACUCAAGCACAACGUCUUGAUGUAAGAAAUUUGGAUUUUUUGUUCAUGAAUACAUCUGUUUCGCUAUUUGCAAGAACACUUAACCGUAUCGUUUUGCAGUCUUUGGAACUUUUCAGAAAGCAAGAGGUUGAUUUUCUCAUUGCGACCGAUGUUGCUGCUCGAGGGCUUGACAUUAUUGGUGUCCAAACAGUUAUAAAUUAUGCAUGUCCUCGGGAGAUAGACAGUUAUGUUCACAGAGUUGGUAGAACAGCUAGGGCUGGAAGGGAAGGUUAUGCUGUAACGUUUGUGACUGAUAAUGACCGUUCCCUUUUGAAAGUCAUUGCAAAGAAGGUGGGUUCAAAGUUGAAGAGCAGAAUCAUUCCAGAGCAGUCAAUAGUCAAGUGGUCUCAGAUAAUUGAUGAAAUGGAAGAUCAAUACUCUGCUGUGAUCCGAUUAGAGAGGGAAGAGAGAGCUCUAAGGAAAGCUGAAAUGGAAUUUGCAAAGGCGGAGAACAUGAUUGAGCACAGAGAUGAAAUAUAUGCACGGCCAAAAAGGACUUGGUUCAUGACAGAGAAGGAGAAGAAGCUCGUGGCUAAAGCUGAAAAGGAUUCUACAGGGAACCCUUCUGGAAACGAACUAAUUAGUGCUGACAUAGCAGAGGAUCUCAAGAUGAAGGAGAAAAGAAAACGCGAACGCGAGAAGAAUCUCCCAAGGAAAAAACGUAGAAAGCUCGAAGCUGCUAGAGAGAUGCUAGAGGAUAACGAAGAAGAUGAGGACGAAGAAGAAGAAGAUGAUGGUAAAGAAGAAAAACGAGGAAGAUCAAGAGGGAAAGACAAGAAGAAGAUGCAAGAAACAGAUAAGAAAGGGCUGACACUUGUGGAUCUUGGUUACAGGCGAGCAAAGGCUGUGAAGGCAAAACAGAGAGCGAUUGAUUCCGGUAAGAUGGAGAGACCAACUCCAAACAAGAAACAAAACCUAAACCGGAGUAAACCAAAGAGCCAGCCUAGGAAUGAAGAGAUGAAAGAUCUGUUCAAGAGUGAUAUGAGUGAGAAGAAACAAGGUAGAAGCGGCGCUGCGGCUUCAGCGAAACCUAAGGGGAAGUCUAAGAACUCUUUCAAGAGCAAAGGCCGGUAA